AUGGUCAAGGCUUCUCAAGUCCUGUUUUUCACUCUUCUAUCCUCCUCUGGUAUUCAAGCUCAGCUGGUGCCUGUGCCGUUCAAUCCCAUUGCGACUUCGCUUGGACCAGCACCAACGGAAUCGAUCGGAUGUCUCAUUCGUGAUGGAGAUUGGAGCUGUGCAGCUGCUAGACAGACAGUGGUCAGCAGUAGAGUCCAGAGCACUGGCACGUCCAACGCGUCUCCCAACAGCGCCAGCUCAACGAGCAUAUCUCCACCUCCGACAGAGAGCUCCAGCUGUGUCCUUCACGGAGAUCAUUACCACUGCGACGAGGAUCAUUCGGACGGCACGCCAACGAUAGGUCAUCCUUCCAUCGCGAGUUCAACCCAAAGCUCGAACUGCGUCUGGCAUGAAAUCCACUGGGACUGCUUUGAAUCUCCGGAGGAGGCGGAUCCAGCUCAUCAAGCAGAUGAGUUGGGAGAGUGUAUCAUCCACGUCGGUCACACACAUGGCGAUUGUUCUGCUGAGCAGCUAGCAUGUGGUGUAGUCCUUCUUGAGGACUACCACAUGCCACUUCACAUCGGCUCUAUCUUUAUCGUCCUCAUUACAUCCGGUCUCGGCGUCCUCAUUCCUAUCCUGACUUUCUGGUUUCGAAAGGGGAACGAUGGGUCAGAGCUCGACCUUGAGUCCGGCGCCAGAUUUGGCAGAGAGACGGGAAUCUGGGGCAACGUGUUCUUCCUCGCGAGACACUUUGGAUCUGGCAUCAUCAUGUCUACGGCUUUUAUCCAUCUACUAUACCACGGCUUUGUCAUGUUCGCCAAUGAGUGCGUCGGGGAUCUCCUGUUCGAAUCCACCGCUCCGGCCAUCGCGAUGGCCGCUGCAGUCCUGACGUUCAUGUUGGAUCUCGUUGGUAGACGAUACAUGCACUCGUCAGGGAUGGAAGAUACUCCGCAGCUCCCUGGGAUCGACAAGACGGAGAUCCUCCCACCUGCCAAUCAUGGCAUUGGCCAUGGCCAUCACUUUGAUGCUGCGCUCGCUGCUGAACGGAGUUGGCAAACUCUGCUGUUGGAGGCCGGAAUCAUAUUCCAUUCCAUUAUGAUCGGAGUGACAUUGGGCGCCAGUAGUGGGGACGGGUGGACCACGCUGCUCAUCGUCAUUGUCUUUCAUCAGUUCUUCGAGGGCUCGGCACUAGGUGUAAGGAUAGCCCUAUUGUCUUGGCUGUCCAAGUGGAAGACAUUGAGUAUGGGCCUGGCGUUCACAGUGAGUUGUACCGUUGGCAUCGGGAUAGGUAUCGGCGUCCGGGGGUCAUUCUCUCAAAACGGUAAAGCCUCUCUACUCUCAGUAGGCAUACUCAACUCAAUUUCAGCCGGGAUCUUGUUGUACACUGCUUUCAACCUCCUCGCGGAAGAUUUCGUCAAUGGACCGCUGAGACGAGCGGGAUUGUUCAAGGUAGUCUCCGCUUUGGCUGCCUUUUUUGCCGGUCUCGUAGCUAUGAGUGUGCUUGGGAAGUGGGCCUGA